GCGACUUGCGUUAUUUCAUAAGCUAUGAUCGCGGCGACUUUCUUAAAGCGGCAGUCCAGUAUUUCUCUAGUUUUAGUUCUCUUUAAACUCUUGCGUGUCACAGUGAACUUCUGCGGUAUCCUCCUGUAAUAGUUUGUGUAUUUACCGGGAAAAGGGACUGCUCGGAUUUCAGUUUCAGCGAGUAUUGCGUUAAUAACUGUGUUCACUCGAUACGUCUCGAUACGUCCUUCGCUCACUAACAAGGAGGCACGUCGGGACACUACAGCGAGCGCUCGGAAGACUCCUACACAGGCAGCAAGCCAGGCUUUAAGACGCCUUCGGUCGGGGAGCGUGUGUUUCGUUUCCUCGCCUGCGCUUUCGGUUUUGUUUCUGGAUCAGCUGCUCGAGGCCGGACUGCAGAGAUGUACGAGCUGGAGAAGGAGAACCUGCGACGCUUUAGCGAUUAUAUCGCGACGUUUUUACGACCGUCGCUCAUCAGGAACUUCAUGACGACGUACCUCGAUAAAGAGAUGGUGGAGAGUAUUCUCUCUACAGAGAUGACGUCUGUGACCACAGCUGCCCAGAUGCUGCUGAACCAGAUGUAUUGUUUAGAGGAAGUGGGCUGGUUUCAGGCCUUUCUGGACAUCCUGCUCGCCUCAGAGUACACCGGACUGCAUCAAGCCAUUAAAGAGUGGAGCUUCGAGGAGUUAGACAAGCUGAGCGAGCACCGGAGGUUUCUUGAGAAGAUCGAGCCCUCGAUCACCAAACACAUGAAGCCCAGUGAGAUGCUGGCCCAUAUGAACGACUGUCUGAAGCCCAGAGAGUGUGAGGAGAUCCAGGCCGAGGAGAGUCAGCGCGGUCGUAUAGCAGCCAGUGUGAAGCUUGUGACGUCUCUUCUUCGCUCCGACAAACCCAACUGGUUUAAACUGCUGAAGAUCGCACUCGGAAACUGUGACUUAGAUGAGGCUCUACAACUUCUAGAGACCAAUGGAGGAGGUCAGUGUGUGACGGAGGUAUGGGACGGAGCACCGGAGGCUAUGAUGACGACUGUGUGUUUUGAGUUCAGAGAGGAGUCUGAAGACAUGCUGAUGAGCAGCAACGACACGAGCGCCUCGGAGGAGCCCACCGUCUUCAGAGGGAAAUCUGAGCGAUCAGGUGAGCGGAAGCUGAGAGAAUAUCAGAAGGAGCUGACCGCUGCUGCCGCCCAGGGCCAGAACACCAUCAUCUGUGCUCCCACGGGAUGUGGAAAAACCAUCGUGGCUUUGGCCAUCAGUGAACAUCACCUCAAGCAGUUUCCAGACAGAGCAAAGAUUGUGUUUUUGGCCACCAAGGUCGACGUCUACGAACAGCAGUACAAGCUUUUCAAGGUUCACUUUUCCAGCAAGGAUCCCGACAUCAGGGUGACGGGGAUGUGCGGUGAUAUGAAUCUGUCUGUGUGCUGGCUGAUAGAGAACCACGAUAUCGUGGUGAUGACGGCUCAGAUCCUGGUGAACGCGCUGCAGAGCGGCGAGGUGCCUUCCCUCGAGAUGCUGUCGCUCAUCAUAUUCGACGAGUGUCACAACACGACCGGAAAACACCCCUACAACAACAUCAUGAGCCGCUACCUGGACUCCAGACUCUCCGGCGGCACACACUCACUGCCACAGAUCGUGGGCCUGACGGCAUCGGUCGGCAUCGGUUCAUUCAAGAGCAGGCUGGAGGCGGAGAACAACAUCUUACAGCUCUGUGCCAACCUGGACACCAGGGUCCUCACCACAGUCACCGAACACAAGGACGAGCUCAAGUCAUACGUGCACACGCCUGAGAAAGCUUUUUUCGAGGUUCAGCCGUGCACAAGUCACCCCUUCAUCAGAAUAAUCAAAAACAUCAUGAGUAACAUCGAGCAGCUGGCGCUGAAGACCUACAACAUCGGUGCGCCUUCCUCGCUGCACACACACACACACACACACACUUACACACACUAACACACGUGUUUCUGUGUGUCUCUGUCGAACAUGUGUCUCAGAAAUAGAGCCUCCGUCGAGACAUUACAGAACCGAGAGAGGAGAGCGAUCUGCAGAGAACUCUACAAUUACAUCGAACACCUGCGGAAAUAUAACGAUGCUCUGAUCAUUAAUGAAGACGCUCGGACUAAAGAUGCUCUGGAGUAUCUGGACGUGUUCUUCAAUCAGGUCCGGAACGCUGGCUUCGACCAGACCGAGAGAAACCUCACCGCGCUCUACGACUGUCAGCGGUCGCAGUUACUGCGUCUGGCCACCGAGGGGGAGCAGAACCCUAAACUAGACGAGCUGAGGUUCAUCCUGGAGGAGGAAUACCACAGCAACGAUCAGACACGCACCGUCAUGUUCGUGAAGACUCGAGCCCUCGCCGACGCCAUGAAGAAAUGGAUUGAUGAAACCGAUUCCCUCAAAUUCCUGAAGCCUGGGGUCCUGAUAGGAAAAGGACGGAAAUCCAACUUUACUGGCACAGGAAUGACUCUGAACAAUAAGAAAGGGAUUCUGGACUCUUUUAAGAGCUCCGAUCAGAGUAAGAUGCUCAUCGCCACAUCGGUCGCUGAUGAAGGCAUCGAUAUCCCACAGUGCAACUUGGUUCUGAUGUAUGAGUAUGUGGGAAACGUGGUGAAGAUGGUGCAAGUUCGAGGUCGUGGUCGGGCGGAGGGCAGCCGGUGUUUCCUGAUCUCCAGCAGUAAGGAGCGCAUCGAGAAGGAGAGAAUAAACAUGUUUAAGGAGAAGAUGGUGGAGGAGGCCAUUAUCCAGCUGCAGAGCGACCCCAGCAACCUCAGCAACAAGGUGGACAUGCUGCAGAGGGAAGAUAAAGCCCGGAGAGAUCACAUCAGCGCCAGUCCAGAAAAACCCAAAACCCAGGGCAGCUACGAGCUCCUCUGCAGCAAGUGCAAGAAGUUUGCUUGCCUGAGCGACGACAUCAGAGUCGUGCUGGGUGCUCAUCACAUCGUUCUGGAUCGUUCCAUGUUCAAGCGCUGUAUAACUGUUCCUCAUAAGAACCCCAAAUCCUUCUGUGGCUUCAGUAAGAAAGAGAAGAUGCUUUGUGCCGAGUGCAAACACGACUGGGGCCUCAUCGCCUCGUACACCACCAUCCAGGAUCUGCCGCUGCUGAAGAUCGAGAGUUUCGUGGUGCAGGAUUGCGUCACUCGCAGGCAGGAUUACUUCAGGAGGUGGCGUGACGUGACGUUUGCCAUCCGUGAGUUUGACAUGACUGAGAUCACGGCUGAAAUGUGCCGGCCGAGAGACUGAGAGCGUACAGUCAUACGAGUACAGUUAUGAAUCUUAAAUCGUUCUCACCUGGCUCUAAAGUUCUAAACGCAGGUACUUUUUGGUUUUGUGUAACCGCUGGGCAAACACAACACACGCAGACACUGAUUAAUCACUAUUAGCCUUGUUAUUUUUUGAUUUUUUAACUGCAAGUGACGUAUCCAAUAUAACACUUUUAGGGAUUUUUAUGUUUUGUAUUUUAACAUCGUCGGAGGCACAGGGAUAUUUGUAUCAGUAGCCAAAAAUAUAUUGUGUGGGUCAAAAUGAUCAGUUUAUUAAGAUCAUGUUCUAUGAAAAUAUUUUUAAAUAUAAUUAAAACUUAGCAAUAUGCACGGCUCCAUUUGAAUAACUUUAAAGGAGAUCUUCUCAGUUUUUUUAUGUUUUUGCUCGCUCAGAUUCCAGAUUUUCAAAAAUGUGCCCCUUAUUAAUUAUUAAUAAUGAAAUCAUUUGAUAUGAAUGUCUCUGAUACGUUUGAUAUCAACUGCUUAUCAUUGCUUGGUGGAGAAGUGAAAUAAAAUCAAAAUAAAACUUUUGAAUAUUUUA